CAGCUAAAUAAACUUCUCAACUUCUUUGCACGCAGGCACGCAUUCAUUCUUGCUUGCUGGAUCGUAAAAUUUCGAACAAAGCUAAUACAUCAGAUAUUACUGUUGUUAAAUUCGUUUUGUAAAUAAUAAUAAACGAUAAAUUUUCUUUUUAAACUUGAGCUAAUAAAUUUUUGAGUAGUCUGAGGUGAUUGCAAGCAUACUGGAGAAGAAAUCUGAAGGCGCUAUGAAGAAAUAGACAUUUAGGGUUCGUUAUCAACUAUAUUACAAAGAGGCUUAGAAUAAAUAUUUAGAACUACAAGGCAUAAUACGAUCUGCAUAGUAACUCCUCUUCCUGGUAUCAUGUUUCCAAUUAUUCCAUCACCAAGAAUAGUAUAAGCUGUCCAGUAGCGAGAGAAUUAAAAUUGAAAAAAUUUAUGGUUUUAGAGAAACCAUAUAGGUUCAGUACUAAGUAGACAGCUUGUGUGUUGGCCACUCUCUCUGAAAACAGGGAAAGCUUGGAAUUCUUCAUGGAUGAAAAACCUGAAAUUGAAUCAACUGAGAAUUCUUGGAAAAUUAUGAUUUAUAAAAUGAUCACAAAAUUGCAACUUCAGUGUGUUUCGAUCCAUUAUUUGUCAUUACAUCUUUUAAUCAAUAAUUAUUUGGUCUUCUCUGAAGAAAGCAUUUGAAAAAUUAAUGAUGGAUUAUAAGUCUUUUUGUGUUUCUUCAUGACUUAGUCGAAAUAAAACCAUCCAGCUGAUGAUGAUUUAUUUAUAGAACUGUAUUCUAAUCUAAUAAUUUUCUACUUGAUUAAAAAUGCUAACCAUUGGUUUAAUGGAACUCCUCAAGUCAUGGGGAGAGAAAGAACGUAAGGAGUUCAAAGAUUACUGCAAAAAUGCAGUUGACAAAUUGGAAGGAUCCAGUCUUACAGCUGGAACUGAGCAAAGUGACAUAAAUUUUCUGUUGUAUGGCAUUUGUAAGGAAUGUGUUUUUAGUGACUUAACACCAGAAACUGUUGUUGCAGCAUUAAGCGAAGUAGAACCUCUUCAUCCAGAAAUGACAUCGCUUAUUGCUGACAUAUUAACAGUCUUAGACACAGAAUCUUUGUGUAACGAAUCUCAUACAGUCAGAGAGCGUUUUUUCAGUCUGUUGAGACUUUGUAAUAAUCUUAUAGUUCCUGAAUUCAUCUUGAAAGAAAGGUUAGAAUUUGAUACUUUAGGUGAUGCUGAUAUUAUGAAACUUUUAAGAAACAUCCAAACUAAAUACAUUAAGACAAAAACUAGAUUGUUUUAUAAGCAGCAGAAAUUCAAUUUAUUCCGAGAAGAAAUUGAAGGAUAUGCCAAGCUAAUCACAGAAUUGGAUCCUGGUAACGGAGAAGACACAAAUGCGAAGCACUCUUUAGAAGUUAUUCAAUCACUGAUUGGAUGCUUCAAUCUAGAUCCUAAUCGUGUUUUGGACGUCAUUUUGGAAUCCUUUGAAUGCAAGUCCUGUCAUUCAGAAUUUUUUAUCCGUCUUUUGAAAUCAUACUUUUGUAAUUCUGAAACAAUAAGUCAAGUUAUUGGUUUUAAGUUUGGAUUCUAUCAGCAAGGUGAUUCUAAAGAAACUCCUUCAUCAUUGUAUCAAGUUACUGCUUUUCUUUUGAAGUCCAAAGUCAUUGAACUGAACCAAUUAUAUGCUUUGCUCAGGCCUGAUGAUAGCAAAAUUGUUGAGGAACAUAAGCAAGAAUUAACUAAUGCUCUUGCUUACAUCAAGCAGUUAAAUAGUAUAUCCACUAGUGCCAACAAUGAUUCCAAUAAAGAUAGCUCUGAAAAUGAUUCAGUUAAAGUGGACUCAGAAGACAAUCAGAAAUUAGGACUCUGUGCUGCUUUAUUAGAUGUUGGUGACUGGGAACAUGCUAAGCAAUUGAUUGGAUGCUUUCCUGAUCAUUAUGCUACAUCCCAUUUGUUUAUUACUAAAAAACUUUGCAAUCUAAUUCAUGUCCUUAUUGAUGAUUUUUAUAAGUCAGUAAAUAUCUUCCCCAAGAUAACUGAACCAAAAAGUUGGGAACUUGAUUCUAGGGUCAAAGUGAACUCUGUUAAAAGUUUUGCUGAGCUUUUUACAAAUGUCUUUGAAAUGAUACUUGCUCUUGGUCCUUAUUUGCAUCAUGACCCUGUAUUGAUGGCAAAAAUCAUCCGCCUUUCGAGAUAUUGGUUAUGCACCAAAUCUCGUGAACCACUAAAUGGCGUAUCUGCAAUUUCAGCAAUAAUAGAUCAGUCUCUUUUACCUUCACUGUCCUUAUUAGAGUGUAACUGUUGCAUGGCAGAAGAGAUGUGGAGUUUGCUUAAGCUUUUCUCAUAUCAAAACAGGUAUUCUUUUUACUAUAAUUGGAAGAUAAAUGCUAAUGUAACCCAUCCUAUGUUGAUAAAAGUCAAAGCUGAUGUUUUGAAGAAAGUAAAGUAUAUCAUGAAGAGGCUGAGUAAAGAAACUGUAAAACCCACCGGCAGGCAGAUUGGAAAACUAAGUCAUUCAAAUCCUGGGUAUAUAUUUGAUUAUAUUUUGUCUCAAAUUCAAGCUUGGGAUAAUUUAAUAAUGCCAGUUAUUGAUUCAUUGAAGUAUUUAACUUCUUUGUCUUAUGAUGUUCUGGCUUGUUGUGUCAUUGAAGCUCUAGGAAACUCAGAAAAAGAUAGAAUGAAGCAUGAUGGCACCAGCAUAUCAAUCUGGUUGCAAAGUUUAGCUAAUUUUGGAGGAGCUGUAUUCAAAAAAUAUCCCGUUGACAUUUCAGGACUUUUGCAGCAUGUUGCUAACCAGCUUAUUGCUGGUAAAAGUCUUGACUUGCUGAUUCUCAAAGAAAUAGUUCAGAAAAUGGCUGGCAUUGAGGCGAGCGAGGAGAUGACCCUUGAGCAAUUGGAAGCAAUGACUGGUGGUGAACUUUUAAGAUCUGAAGGUGGAUAUUUCAAUCAAUUGAGGAAUGUUAAAAAGUCCUCUCAACGCCUGAAGGAAGCUCUUCUAGACCAGGAUUUGGCCAUUCCUCUUUGUCUUUUGAUGGCCCAACAAAGGAACUGUAUUUUAUUUCAUGAGCAAGAAAACAGCCAUAUAAAGCUAGUUGGUAAACUCUAUGACCAAUGCCAAGACACCUUAGUUCAGUAUGGUAGUUUCUUAGCUAGCAAUCUAAAUAUGGAAGAUUAUGCCAGUCGCUUGCCUCCUGUCUCUGCGUUGCUAAGUGAAUAUAACAUAAAUGCUGAUGUAGCAUUUUUCCUUUCAAGGCCCUCUCUAAAUCAUGCUAUAAAUUCUAAGCUUGAUGAGCAAAAGAAGCUAGAUAAGAGCUUGAAAAACUCCAGUACCUCACAGAGUGUGAAAAAAUAUCUUGAAAUAGUAGAUUCUAUCAUAAGCCCCAUUGUGAAAUCUGUCAGGUCUAAUCAAACACUCAAAAAAACAUGGGAAGAUUUGAAUCCUGAAUUUUAUGUCACUUUUUGGUCUCUCAGUAUGUACGACUUAGUUGUCCCCACUGAAAGCUACGAGCGAGAGAUAAAUAAACUAAAAGCUGUCCUGCAGAGUGAAGAUAAUAAGGAAGCUGGUAAGAAGAAAAAGGAGAGAGAAAGAUGUGAUGCGCUUAUUUGUAAAUUAGUUGAGGAAGAGAAAAUGCAAAGUGAGCAUUGUGCUAGAGUCAUAGCACGAUUAAAUAAUGAAAAGGAUGAAUGGUUCUCUUCAAAAGCUGCUAAAAAUGAAACAAUCACUCAAUUUUUGCAGUUGUGCUUGUUUCCUCGCUGCAUAUUCACACCUGUAGAUGCCUUGUAUUGUGCAAAAUUUGUACACCUUAUACAUUGUUUAAAGACACCCAAUUUUUCUACUCUACUUUGUUAUGACAGAGUCUUCUGUGAUAUUACUAAUACCAUUGCUUCUUGCACUGAAAAUGAAGCUAAUCGUUAUGGUCUUCUGUUGUGCUCCAUGCUAGAGACUGUUAUGCGAUGGCAUGGCAGCAAAGCCACUUUUGAAAAAGAAUGUGCUAAUUUUCCUGGUUUCAUGACAAAAUUCAAAGUACAACAACCACUACCGCAACAGCCAGCAGUAGCACAGCCUGAUCCUCCUGUUGAUAGUAUAGGUUAUGAAAACUACCGUCACAUAUGCCAUAAGUGGCAUUUUAAAAUAACCCGGGCUCUAUUAAUAUGUCUGGAUUCUGGAGAUUACAUUCAGAUUCGUAAUAGCCUUUUAGUUCUGAGGAAAAUUGCUCCUCACUUUCCAGUUAUCACUAGCUUGAGCCUUGCACUCGAACGAAGAAUGGAGAAAAUAAAAGCUGAAGAAAAAGAUAAGAGGCCAGAUUUGUUUGUCCUUGCUACUGGUUACUCUGGUGUUUUGAAGGCAAAGAAACCAACUCUAAUUCCUGGGAGUGAGUUUCAUCAAAAAGAACCAACUAAAGACCCACGACCUGCCAAUUCUAAUGCUCAGCCGAAUAAAGAAUUACCUGUUAAGGUAGAAAAAAAAGAUGGAGAAACUUUAAAUGAACCAUCCAAAGAAAGAGUUAUAAAAAAUGAUGCUAAAGCUGACUCUACCAAGACAAAGGGAAAUUCUUUCGAAAAAUCGAGUUCAUCUCAGUCUACGGGAAAGCGGUCAUCCUCUUCCAGAUUAGAAGGCGAGCUUAAUGGCAUUGAUGCCCCCCGUAUUAAAACUGUUCGAGUGAAAGAAGAAAAAACAAGCAGUGAUAAUUCUAGCCCGUUGAGAAGAGAAGAAAAAAUCAUAACCAUAACAAAGACUGACCCAAACAGUAUCAAAGACGAAAAACGAGAUCGUCGAGAAGACAGGCACGAAAAACAGCCUAGUGCUAGAUCUAGUGAGCGAGAAAAUUCAGAGUCCACACGGGACUCUCACUAUCGUGUCCUAUUAGAUGUCGAUGGUGAAAGAGAGCAUAAGCGCCGUCGUGCCGAUGGUACCUCGUCCAGAAGCCCUCGAGAUGGGUCAGAGAGAGAAUCUCGCAGUUCUGAUAAAAUAUCUGACGAAAGAAAUGGUGGUCGUGAUAAAGUUCUUGUGGAAGUCAAGCCUCAUAAAGAUUCUGAAUCACCUUUAGAGAAAUCUAAGGUCAAGGAAAAGAAGCAAAGUCGCAAAAGAGAACAUUCAGACGAAGGCAAUCUGGAACCGAGAAGAAGACGAGCAAAAGCUGACAAGGAAGAUGAGGAUUCUGCGAAGCGUUCUAGUGAAAAUGAAAGAGAUUUGAGAUCUCGGCGUGAAGAAAAGUCUCCUUUAGUGUAUGCAAACAACGUUGAAAGACGUGAAGAAAAGAAGCACCAUCGUUCUAAUUCAGCAUCUAGUGUUAAAAAAAGAUCCUAAAGCAUAUAUGGUCUAUGCAAAUCACAUGUCUUUAAUGUUUGCUACUAAAUUUUUGCAUUUAAAUGAAAAAAAUUUUUAAACACUUGGAAGAAUGUUUAUGUCUGGUAUUGCACAAAUUUUCACACAGGGACAAAGUAAAUUUAGUGUGAUUUGAAUGGAGUUUUCAACAUGCACUAUUUUUUGGAAGAAAAAAAAAUUGUAAAUAAUUUAGUAAUGUGUGUCCUGUUUUGGGGGUAUGUGUAGAAACUGUCAUUAUCAAACGUAUUUCAUAUCUGCUAAGUUGUCUUUUUUUCCUUAAACCAUGCAUCAAGUGAAUGAAAAAUAUUGUCAUCUAAGAUUUGUAAUUAGGGUUUUUCCUCCCCUUUUUAUUUUAUGCUAUUUGCCAUAUGUUUGUACUGCUCUAUGGAGUAUUAUUAUUAUUUAUCUCUAAUAUUUUAAAGACUCAUAUAAUAAUAUAUGUUUAAAUUGUACAUAUGUUUUAAUGUGAUAGUGUUCUAAAAGUUCUUAUGAUCACCUGGCUGAUCAGUGUAUGUAUUAAACUAUUAUAUUUCAUGUGACACACAUUUAAGUUCACUGAUCUUAAUUUGAAUAUUAAAUAAUCUUUAUGGUUAAUUGAAAUUAUGUUUAGAGCUUUUGCUUACUAUAUUCUGUUCUUCAAACAGUAUUGAAUUACAAUAAACAUCUAGUUGCAUUCUAAAGUUUAAAAAAAAAAAUUUUACUAUUUUCUUAUACUAAUAUUUGAAAGUUCUGAGAUUUAAGUAAAGAAACUUUUAUCUCAAUUUUUUCCCCUAUUUAUUACUUUUUAACUCUGCAUGAAUUUCUUUCCUAGUUUAUGAUAAAAAUAAGUCAUUUUUUAAGUUUUAAUCAUUUAAAGGAUUUAAUCUGAUUAUGUUUUUCGCCCAAAAAUUUUGGCAAUAAUCAAGAUUCAAGUAGUUGUAAAACAUAUUGAUAAUUUAGUUUUAUUUAUGCAACUGUUUUUCAUAUUUUGUUCAUUUCACUUGCAAAGGGCUUCUACUAUGUCAGCUUUUUAAGUUCCUUACAACCUAAAAAUUUGGCAAUUAGGUUUAAUCAAACACAUUUUAAUGAAUGAAAUGGAGCAACCUAUUCAUAAAUAUUAAAUAAAUCGGGAAAUUUAGUUCAUAUAAUUCUUCAUAGUUUAGCAUUUAGAAAGUUUAAUCAAUUUGAUAUAAUUUAAUUUAAAAUAAGGGGACGAAUGAAACUCCUCGCCAAAAUAUAGGAUAGCUAAAAUUUGUAUCAUUGAUUAAGACGAAUUUGACACAUUUAUGUGGUUAUAAUAACAAUCUUUUGUUUAAAGUUUGGCAAACACUUUAAACAAAAACUCUAUUUUAAAGUUUAACACAUAUUUUAGAGCGUGUAAUAUCAUUACAAGGCAAAUUUUUGCAGCUAGUAACUUUAAUUAAAAGAGUAAACAUUUUCUAUUUGCUGCCUAUAAAACUAUUAGUAUGUAGUGAAAAAUAAUGAUAAUUUUAAUCAAUAAUAAUUUUGUUUUUCACAUAGUGUGAAAAUGCCAAAGCAUAAUUUUUACUUUAUUUUGCUUUAAGAUUUAAUUUCUGUUCUACAGAAAAAACUUUUUAAAAAAGUAAGUGCUAGUGUUUAAUGUAGUACAAUAAUCUAGAACCUAUUUCUUUUAAUUUGUUUAGCCUGCAGAAUGCAAAAUCAUUUAGAAUUUUAAUGCGUUUCAUAAUAUGUAGUAAUAAACACCCUUUUCAUGACAGUUUGUGCGCGCUUGUGUAGGAUAUAUAAUUUGAGAGUAUUUUGUAAAACACAAUAAUAAUUUGUUAACAGUAACAAAUUUAUUGACUGUAUGUUUCUUGUAAGCAAAUGAUAAUGAAGGGGAUUUAGUUGUUUUAAAAAUUGUAUUAUAUAGUAAGUCCAUUUCUUUAAAAUUUAGAAGAUUAGUUUCGUUUUUCUAUGAUGCCUGAUAUGAUAUUAUGGUUAAAGAGUUGUUUUUUUUUCCCUCUUUGUUUAUAUAAAGAAGAACUCAAUGUGAAUAAUGUUGUUUACAAAGCAUUCAUUAGUAUUCAUUGAUGAUGUGUAUAAUAUGUGAUGUAUUUUUGAAAUAUUCUUCAUAGUGUUUCAUUGUCCAUCUUCCUAUCAUGUUUCAUGUUCAUUAAAACUUGUUGGAACUACAA